CCCCUCUUACCAUGCUUUCAAAAGACGAUAUAGCCGGGCUUCUUGCAGUGUUCAAUACUCUCGACAUGUAGCGUUUCUCUGGGGUUUUUUGCACUUUUGACUGUUUGAAUUUCCCCCAUCGACGGAGUCAGUCAAGAUUCUGUACUCUGAAUAGAUUGUUAAAUAGCAGGCUCUAAUUAAUUUGAGUUUCAUUGGAUUAAUCUGUACCCAACUGUAGAAAUCGCUGAUUUAAUAAUGAGUGGCUGAGAGACUCAUUGAUUUGUGUCUGGAUGGUGGUGUAAAGCAGUUGCGGCUCAUCAAUGGGCUCCUCAAUGACCACCAUUUUCAUCUGCAUCUACUUUCUUUGCUGCUGCUGUUGCUGUUCAAGAGCACAAAAUUUAACGGUAAACAUAGGCGUUAUAUAUCAGCUGGAUGUGUUCGGUAAGGGCGUCAAGCCGGCCUUUGAAUUGGCGGUAGAAGAUGCGAACAAAAAUUUCGAGCAGCAAAAUUCGAGUAUUCGGCUGGUUCUUCAUUUCAAGGAUUCCGGGGGAGAUCCGGUGCUCGCCGCUUCAGCCGGGGCGGAGCUGUUGCAGAGCGGAGCGGUGGCGAUAAUUGGGCCGCAGACGUCUCAGGAGGCGGGGUUCGUAGCGCAGAUGUGUGUUGCAGCGCAGGUGCCCAUGCUGUCCUUCUCUGCAACCGAUCCGCUGUUGUCUUACCAGCGCUUCCCUUACUUUAUACGGCUGCCCCACAGCGACGCUGUGCAAAUGAAGGCCAUCGCCGCUGUAGUGGAUAACUUCGAGUGGAGGCAAGUUGUGGCUCUGUACGCCGACAAUGACUUAGGCUCUGGCGUGCUCUCGCCUCUCAGCGAAGCCCUAGUCAAGGUGGGAUCCGAAAUUAGCUACCGAUGCCCCAUUCCCAUCAACGCCACCAGGGAUUACAUUAGAGCGGAGCUUUACAAACUCAUGACAAUGCAGACCAGGGUUUUUGUUGUCCAUGUGUCCUUUGAGCUGGGGCAGACUAUUUUCUCCGUGGCGACAGAUAUUAGAAUGAUGGGCGCAGAUUAUGUGUGGAUUAUCACAGACGGGUUCAGUUCUCUUGUGGAUACCCUGAAGCCCUCUGAUCUCGACUCCAUAAAGGGCAUGAAGGGCGCCUUGGCGACUCGGGCACUUAUUAAAAACUCCUCUGAUAUUUUCCCCAAGCGGUGGAAAGAAAAAUUCAUAGCUGAAUUUACCCCCAAGGACAAAGUUGCGAAGAUAAACAUGUUCGCGUAUUAUGCGUACGAUUCUGUGUCCAUAAUUGCUAGGGCUCUGCAGCAGUUAAAUGUAACCCGCUUCGAAUUCUCGCCGGUGCCGCGGAGCCCGAGGACGGAGCUCACGGGCAAUAAAAUUUUCGCGCAGGGAGAGCGUUUAAUGCAGCUGCUUUUGCAGAUGAAUUACAAGGGCUUGAGCGGGCAGCUCAGAGCGACAUCGACACCGGGUGAACUCUCUGAUUCCCCGUAUGAAAUUCUUAAUGUGGUGGGAGGAUCAGGGGCCUACGCGUACCCUACGGUUCGGUUAUGGAAAAAUGGGUCUGGGAUUGGGAAUUUAUCAGGCCUGGAAAACGUCACUUGGCCCGGCGGAUCCAAAAAUGUGCCCCGCGGGUGGGCAGCACCUGUUGACACCACCGAGGAGCUAAAGAUCGCUGUUCCUGUAAGACGCGGUUUUGAUCAAUUCGUCGUGACAAGCCAUGACAGUGAUCCUAAGAUCACUGGGGGUUUCGUCAUCGACGUUUUUGAGGAGGUCGUCAAAGGGCUGCCUUAUGCACUGUCUUACAAAUUUUUUCCCGUGGGAGUUAGCAAUUUCACCCGAGUCUACGAUGACCUUGUUCACACGAAGGAGUUUGAUGGAAUAGUGGGCGAUGUUACAAUUCUGGCAAACCGAAGCAAUUUCGUAGAUUUCACGCAGCCGUAUUCAGAAUCCGGGUUAGUGAUGGUGGUGCCGGUCCGGAAAGUCGAUACCAGCAACGCUUGGGCGUUUCUGCGGCCUUUCACUCCAGGCAUGUGGAUUGCAACGGGCUCGUUCUUUCUCUUUACUGGAAUCGUUGUGUGGGUGCUUGAACAUAAGCGGAACACCACCUUCAGGGGAAUCCCCAGGCGCCAAAUUGUUACCAUGCUCUGGUUUUCGUUCUCUACAUUGUUUUUCUUGCAGAGGGAAAGGAUUGUAAGCAGUUUGGCUCGAGGAGUGGUGAUCGUAUGGCUGUUUGUGGUGCUGAUAUUAACGUCCAGCUACACGGCCAGCCUCACAUCAAUCCUCACUGUACAGCAGAUGAAACCAAUCGUUACAGACGUGCAAUUUCUGUUAAACAGUAGAGCGCAUGUGGGUUACCAGCGAGGGUCCUUCGUAGGACAUUAUCUGCAAGAGCAGCUGGGAUUUCGGCAAGACCAGCUGCAUGAAUAUAACUCUCCCCAGGAGUACGCACAAGCACUCUCCAAAGACCCCAAAGAUGGCGGAGUGGCUGCUAUAUUUGAUGAGAUUCCUUACAUUCGCAUAUUUUUAUCCAGUCAAUGCGGAUUUACCAUUGCUGGCCCUGUCUACAGAACGGGAGGUCUCGGCUUUGUAUUUCAGAAGGGGUCUCCACUGGUAUCAGAGAUAUCAAGGUCAGUAUUGGAACUUUCGGAGAGUGCAGAAAUGCAGAGAUUACAGAACAAAUGGUUCAACAUGACAGAAUGCACAAAGCCCGGGGCACAAGUGGAUUCCAACAGGCUGAGCAUGCAGAGCUUCUGGGGUCUUUACCUAAUCACAGGAACAGCAUCUAUAGUGGCACUGCUCUUGUUUCUGGGGCGUCUGAUAUACAACUACACUCGACAUAACCCUGCUCCUGAAGGUCCAUCCAUCUCAGCCCAUGUUAAGAGCUUCGUCAAUUACAUGGACCAGGUGGAGUCCUACUUCACAAGGAUGAGCAGGAGCUCUCUUCCUGGUUCUAAUGGUAAUAAUAAUGAUUACAGCUCCAACAGCAGGCCAAUGAGCCCUUUUCCUGCCACAGGAAGUCCCAUGAGCCCUUUUCCUGCCGGGGAAAGUCCAAUGAGCCUCACUGUCAGUGACACCGCAGGAAGGCCAUCUUCUGCCUCGUGGGUAUCCAUAGAUUUGGACUCUGAGAUAGAAGAUGAACAAGUCAAUGAAAAUUCUCAUCACUAUGACAGGGAUGGAUCAUUGUAAAUUGUGAUGUCUUUUUCGUAUCUCUGGUUACAUGACUUAAAUAUUCCAUAUGGCUGGUAGUUGUAAAAUCAAUCCACAGAAUAUGGAAGUUGCAUAGAAAAUAGCAAAAGAUAAUAUCAAAAAAGGGCUGGGUACGAUCACUUUCUUGGAACAAGAUUAAAAUAGAAAACAAUAGCCUAAUAAUAGUUGUCGCUGUUAAUUAGUUAAUA